GAUGGUGGCUACACUGGGCACAAGCUAGCCUAUAUUUGGAAGAAAGGCAAAGAUUUGUUGUCGCUGUAGGCCAGUGUUUGUCUCAGCUGGCAUAGUGGAUAAACUUAGGUGAGCCCCAUCCCACUUCCGUGGCCGUCUCCUGAAGACCUACACCAGCAUCACCUCCUCCUCCUCAUCCUCCAACUCCUCUUCCUCCUUCCAGCCACCCCUGUGAUGCCUCCCUCGUGCUGUGGCUGCCUGUCACAGUACACCCAUCAUCACCUGGUUGUCUUCCUCCUUACCUUCUUUAGCUAUGUACUACUGCAUUCAUCCAGGAAGACGUUCAGCAACGUGAAAGUGAGCAUCUCCGCUCAGUGGACACCAUCCGUCCGGAAUGACAGUGCCCCGGCCUUCUCUCCUGGCGCGACUUGGGAGGACAACCAUCUGUUUGCAAAUGAAGAGGAGGCCACUCUGUUCUUGGGAGCUCUGGACACCAUCUUCCUCUUCUCGUAUGCUGUGGGUCUGUAUGUGAGUGGUGUGAUUGGAGACAGGCUGAACCUGCGCUAUGUCCUGUGCUUUGGUCUGUGUGGCUCUGCGGCAGUGGAAUUUGCCUUUGGCACCCUGACUGAAUGGUUUAAUUUCUAUAACGUCUACCUGUACUGUGGUCUGUGGGUGCUGAAUGGCCUGCUGCAGUCAACCGUGUGGCCCUGUGUGGUAGCUGUAAUGGGCAACUGGUUUGGCAAAUCAGGACGAGGCCUUGUGUUUGGCCUGUGGAGUGCCUGCGCCUCUGUAGGCAACAUACUGGGUGCCUUCCUGGCUUCCAGCGUGCUCAAGUACGGAUACGAGUAUGCCUUCCUGGUGACCUCCGUAGUGCAGUUUGCUGGUGGGGUCGUAGUGUUCUUUGGCCUGCUCACGUCCCCUAAAGAAGUCGGCCUGAGUUUGGAGUCAACCAUUCUCAGGCCAAUGGAGACGGACACAGACAGCCACAGGCCCCUCAUGAGUGAUGAAGAGGAAGAGGAGGAGGACGUGGGAGUUUGCGACGGAGGUUAUUACUCGGUUCAGCGGCAGGAUGACCAGCAGGAUGAGCCCCCUCGUGCCAUCGGCUUCUUCCAGGCUUUCUGUCUGCCUGGUGUGCUACCUUACUCCCUGGCCUAUGCGUGUCUGAAGCUGGUCAACUACUCAUUCUUCUUCUGGCUUCCUUUCUACCUGAGCAACAACUUUGGCUGGGAGGAGACCCAGGCCGACCGCCUGUCUGUCUGGUAUGACGUGGGAGGCAUCAUCGGUGGAACAGUGCAGGGUGUGGUUUCUGACUAUAUGGGGAAGAGAGCCCCAGUGUUGGCCGUCAGUCUUCUGCUGGCUAUGGGAGCCCUGGUGGGCUACAGCCACUCACCCAACGACCAGGUGGUAAAUUCAGUGCUUCUGGCCACCACUGGCUUCUUCAUCGGCGGUCCAUCCAACAUGAUCAGCUCAGCCAUAUCUGCUGACUUGGGGAGACAGGAGGCUCUCAGGGGCAGUCAGGAUGCUCUGGCUACAGUUACAGGCAUAGUGGAUGGAUCUGGGAGUAUAGGGGCUGCUGGGGGACAGUACUUGGUGUCCCUAAUUGAGAGCAAGUUGGGCUGGAUGUGUGUUUUCUACUUCUUCAUAGUCAUGACAGGGGGCAGCAUUUUGUUCAUCACACCCCUGAUCUUCAGGGAGGUGCAAGCCAUGUGGAGAGACAGACAGGCGCUCAGCCACCAGUUGUGAGAGCUAGAACAUCUUCCUGCUUCAUCAUUUCUAUCCCCAACUCAUAAGGUGACAUGGUUGUCUGUUAGCUGUCCAACCCGCAACCAACACACUUCAGGGGACGUAGUGGUUAGUGCCACAGUUUUUUAGCAAGACUUAAUAAUGAGUAAGCAGACAAUCCUGUCUGUUCACUCACUGUAAAGUCCGUCCAGGUAAGAGUGUCACCUAAACACCUGGAAUGUAAAUGUAAAAUAUGAACAUAGAAAUUCCACUUGUACAAAGGCAGAGUUUUAGAUAUCGAUUUGAAGUGCCUGAUCGGAAGAGGCUAGGGGUUGAAUAUGGAAAAGACUGUGAGUAAGGCCAGCCUUUGGAUUCAAUCCACACAGGAGUGAUCACGGAAUGCACUAUUAUUUAUUAUUGAUGUAAUGAAUGUAAAUAUUUGACUGUUUUUUUUUUUAAUGUUGAUAUACUUGAGCAAAAUUAGGUGAAUGUGGCUUUUUACACUAGGGUCUUCAACCUAAAGAGUCAGGAAGUGACAGGGGAGGUUUGGGGGUUGCGUUGACCUAAAUAAUGUGAAAAAACUUAUUGUAUAUAAAUAUAUAUAUAUAAGCGACUAUAAAAUCUCCCUGUACAUAUGAAAUUUUUUUGUUUCUUGAAAUAAUAUCACACCAUUUAGGCUUCUUGAAAUGGACUCAGUCUGACAAAGAAAUGAGGGGAAAAUAAGCAUUUGAUACCUCUAGUCAUAUGAACUCAACUCUUAUUGCCACACCAGAGUUUAUUUAAAGCAAAAAAACUCUGUUAAACUGGUCCUGGGUUCGAACCCCAGGUUUCUCCAAACUUGGGGGUCAUCCUCUGUGUGGAGUUUGCAUGUUCUCCCCGUGUCUGUGUGAGUUUCUUCUGUGUACUCUGGUUUCCUCCCACAGUCCAAAGAAAUGUAGGUCAGAUGAAUCGGCCAUACUAAAUUGUCGCUAGGUGUGACUGUUGGCUCUGUGAUGGACUGGCAGCCUGUCCAGGGUGUCUCCCCGCCUGCCGCCCAAUGACUGCUGGGAUAGGCUCCAGCAUCCCAUGACCCCAAUUGGGAUAAGCGGCUUGGAUAAUGGAUGGAUGGAUGGAAACUCUAUAAAAAAGAAACAAAUUAAAUCCAUGUAGAGCAGCGGUUCCCAAACUUUUUAGGCAAUGCACCCCCUCCUACAUCCCGACCGGGUUGGUGCACCCCCAAUCACCCACACCGUCAAAGAAAACCGCAACAUAGCUCGUUCAUAGCCGCAUUAAAGGCAUCAAGUUUAAUUACGUACAAAUAAUCAGAACACACUAUUCAAGAGAUCACAACAAUGUGCUGUCACAUUUGUAUGAAACUGAAACUACACUAACAAAGUUUCAAUAAAUUGCAACAAAAAAAAAGUUGCACACAAGCCGCCACUUUUGAAGUGCACAGGGUGGGUGAGGCGAGGACACGUGCACAGGCUCAGAGGCUGAUAGGCCCAUCGUGAGAGAUGAUGGGGAAGAACGCUGUCAUAUUUUCAGCCGCAUUAAAAGGAAAAUUGCAUCAAGUUUAACUUAGAGUUAACCAUACAUAAUAUAGCAGCUACAGAAAUUAGACCAACAGUAAUUUGAAUCAAAUUGCAAUAAAGUUACACAUGAUGUACCACGUAAAGAACAGACUGACUCACGCGUAGGCUCAGAAAAUGAUUACAUCAUGACACCACCAUUACAUUUUUCCUCUCGGGGUGCGCACACUACACUUUGGGAAUCCCUGAUGUAGAGGGAAACAAAUCUGAGUACUGUAAAUCUGGGAAUGGUUAUCCACAAAUGUCAAUGCAGCAGUUUUGGUUUUAAAGGGAGUUUUAGAGUUUGGAUUAGUCUUAAUUUAUCCUGAUGUGAAGGUCUGUCAAUCGAUCCAAAAAUGCCUUCACCAGUGUUUGGUUUAUUUCAAUACAGUAGGUAUAGGUUAUUACUGAAUGCUAUCAGCUAUGGUGGUUAUGUAGGUCUCUGUGGUGGAGCCCAGUUUCUUUGGAAAAACCCUACUUUAUGUCUCUGUUGCAAAACAGGUGGGAAACUCUAAUGUCUGUACUUGGUUUCGCCGAGAAACUCCAAGCUGAACUGUUAAUAAAUGCACGCAACUUCUGCUUCUAUAUCCCAAGUACAAAAGGACUCUCAGUUUGAUGUCAGUCAGUCAAAACCUUGAUUUAGGGCGUCUGGUUAGCAUAGUGGUCUAUUCCGUUGCCUACGAACACGGGGAUCGCUGGAUCGAAUCCCUGGUACCUCCGGCUUGGUCGGGCGUCCCUACAGACACAUUUGGCCGUGUCUGCGGGUGGGAAGCCGGAUGUGGGUAUGUGUCCUGGUUGCUGCACUAGCACCUCCUCUGGUCGCUCAGGGUGCCUGUUCAAGGGGGAACUGGGGGGGAAUAGCGUGAUCCUCCCACGCGCUACAUCCCCCUGGUGAAACUCCUCACUAUAAGGUGAAAAGAAGCGGCCGGCGACUCCACAUGUAUCAGAGGAGGAAUGUGAUAGUCUGCAGCCCUCCCCGGAUUGGCAGAGGGGGUGGAGCAGUGACCGGAACAACUCGGAAGAGUGGGGUAAUUGGCCGGAUACAAUUGGGGAGAAAUAAAGGGGGGGGGGGAUCCCAAAACAAAAACGAUUUAAAAACUGACCUGUUCUUCUACAGGAGUCAUUAGAAGCUGUUCCUUGACCAGUUGUAUUAAGUGUAUUGUAGUCUUGAUUCGAGACACUAUAAAGCCUUGUAAUUGGGAGGGCAGGGUCCUCUCUAUUCUGUACAUGUAACGCUGACCUGUCAAUCAUUCUACCUUCACCUUCUGCUCACUGGAACAUGAAGCUGUCUUCUUAUUAGAAGUCACAAAGAAUCCUGCUGAACACAUUCAGACACACGCACGGUCUCACAAUUUAUCCUCUGCCCCAUCCUGGUUGCUCACAUAUCUGCCUUUUAGCGUAUACAAGGAAACACCAGCCUUUAAAUAUCAUAGCAUGAAAAUAGUGUGGUCACAGGUCACAUUUCUUAUCAGUCUGUAGCAGAAACUACACUUGUUUACUUGAUUCUUCAAGGGUGGUAGUUUGUUGGAAGAACAUUUCACUGUAAAUCUGACCUGAUAAUUUUCAAUCAUGUUGUGUUUGAUAACAUUUGUUACUGGAAAUACUUGUAUUGGUGUGUGACCUCUCAGAGAUGAGGUGGGAAAUUACCGAGUACCACCAUCCAUAUGAUUGUAAACAUUUUGCCACGCCUUGUGAGUUUUAUUCACUCCACCAGCUGCUUUGUUAGGGAACCAACUGUUGCUCAGAGGUCGUAUGGAAAUGUAAAAAUCGAGUUAUCUGCUAGAAUAGUGAAAGUGGUGGAUUUCAGCAAGUUUCUAGACUGUGCCAGUUGGACGGAAGAGGUAAUCCUCUGUUCUGGAUGUAGAUUGAUGGACUAUUUCAAGUGCUUUGGAGAAUUUUUAUUGUUCUCACAAUCACUUAUAUGAGACGGGGGGGGGGGGGGGGGUCCUUAUGCUGGGACUGGAGACAGCUUUGUAAAAGUGGAGCAAUGGUAUUGAAGAUAGGACUUGUAUCUCUGCCAUCUUGAGAAGUGCCAAGCUGACGAAAUGGACUGUAUAUAAUGUAUAUGAUUGUAUGACUCAAUCUGUGGUGUAUGUUUUUAUUUGCUUUUUAUUUAUGUUCACUCUCCCGAGUUUUAAUUAUUGUGAAUGUGAUUCCUGUUUUGAAUAAAAGCAAAAUUACCUUUUGAUAACUUUUGCUCUUAUCACUUGGA